AUGGCUAGCGAACCUGUUUCCAAAGGGGCGGAGGCCACGAAGACCAAAGCAAGCAGUGAGAAGAGCAAGAAAUGGUCGACGUUUGUUGUUCGAGCAAUCUGGACAGUGGUACUCGUCGCGGUCUUUGGCUUUGUCAUUUUGUCGGGCCAUGUGUGGAUUGCUGGUCUGUGCAUGAUCAUCCAGAUCCUCGCCUACCGCGAAGUCAUUAACAUCACUGGGGACCCUAAAUACUUUGAGAACGUGCCCUGGGGCCGGACAAUCAGCUGGUACUUUUUGGUCGUCGUCAUGUACUACCUCAACGGCGGGGCCAUUGUGCACUUUUUCCGCAACGUUGGCAUCCUCGAGGGAGUCCUGACCCCGUUGCUAAACUACCACAGGUUCCUGUCCUACAUUCUGUACAUGACGGGCUUUGUGUUUUUCGUCACCACGCUCCGCGAAGGCUACUACAGGCAGCAAUUUGGACAGCUUUCCGCCGCUCACAUGGCCAUCAUCUACAUUGUCCUUCAGGGUCAGUUUGUCCUCGAGAGCGUGCUCCACGGUAUCUUCUGGAUGAUUGUGCCCUGUGCAAUGGUCAUUGUCAACGACAUCUCGGCCUAUCUCUGCGGCAUCACCAUCGGACGCACGCCGUUGAUUCGCAUUUCGCCCAAGAAGACCGUCGAGGGCUUUGUCGGUGCAUGGAUUUGCACGGUUGCUUUUGCCCUGAUUAUCACCCACCACGCCAGCCAGUCGUACUACCUUAUCUGUCCGAUGGAACGUGUCGGUAUCAAUUACAAGGAGUUUGACGUCUGCACCCCUAACGCGGUCUUUUUGCCCGCCCAGUGGCACAUCCCCGCAUUUUUGCAGUCCGUGAUGGGAUUCUCUUCGUUCGAGAUGGCGCCGAUCUAUAUCCACACCAUUGUGCUGGCGACUUUCGCCUCACUCAUCGCUCCGUUCGGUGGCUUCUUCGCCUCGGGAUUCAAGCGUGCUUUCAAAGUCAAGGACUUUGGCGAUACCAUCCCGGGCCACGGCGGCGUCACCGACCGCUUCGACUGCCAGUUCGUUAUGGGCACCUUUUCUUACAUGUACUACAACACCGUGAUCAACCGUGUGUCUCCUCCCGAGAUCGCUACCGUUUUGACCACCUUGUCGAACUUGAAUGCCCAUCAGCGUGCUGAGGUCGCCGCCCUGAUCUCCAAGUGGUAA